CAGUGGCGUCUUUGAGCAAACGUAAAUGACACGAAGAAGAGAUGACCGGGUGUAAACAUGGCGUCUGCCUUGGACGACGAUGAGAUCGGCAGUGAUGAUUAUUAUUCUCUGCUCAAUGUCAGAAGAGAGGCUACACAGGAUGAGCUGAAGGCGGCAUACAGGCGAUUAUGCAUGCUGUAUCACCCAGACAAACACCGCGAUCCUGAGCUAAAGCGUCAGGCGGAACAGCUUUUCAACCUUGUACACGAAGCCUAUGAAGUGCUUAGCGACCCGCAGGCACGAGCUAUCUAUGAUGUCUAUGGCAAGCGAGGACUUGACGUCGAGGGAUGGGAGGUGGUGGAGAGGAAAAGGACCCCUGCAGAGAUUCGAGAAGAGUUUGAACGUCUUCAGAGGGAGCGAGAGGAGAGAAGGCUUCAGCAAAGGACCAACCCAAAGGGCACGAUUAGUGUGGGCAUCGAUGCCACGGAUCUCUUUGACCGGUAUGAGGAGGACUAUGAGGAUAUGCCUGGAGGCGGAGUCCCACAUGUGGAAAUCAACAAAAUGCACAUAUCACAAUCAAUAGAGGCUCCUCUCACUACAAAAGACACAGCCAUUUUGUCUGGUUCGUUGUCAACCCACAAUGGAAAUGGAGGUGGCACCAUUAACUUGGCCUUGAGAAGAGUCACCUCAGCUAAGGGGUGGGGUGAGAUAGAGUUAGGAGGCGGAGACACUCAUGGACCUCUCUUUGGAAUGAAGAUAUUCCGCAACUUGACGCCUCGAUUCUUUGUGACCGCUCAGUGUGGGCUCCAGUUUUCAUCCCGAGGCGUGCGUCCCGGCUUUACCACAGUGCUGGCCCGUCACCUAGACAAGAACACUAUGGGCUACCUGCAGUGGCGUUGGGGGAUCCAGUCUUCAAUGAACACCAGCAUAGUGAGGGACACUAAGAGCAGCCAUUUCACCUUUGCGAUGCAGCUUGGCAUUCCUCACACUUUUAUGAUGAUGAGCUACCAGUACAAGUUCCAGGAUGACGACCAGACGAAGAUUAAGGGCUCAGUAAAAUCAGGUUUCUUUGGGACUGUAGUAGAGUACGGUGCUGAGAGGAAGAUCAGUCGACACAGCGUCCUGGGGGCUACCGUCAGCGUGGGAGUGCCUCAAGGUGUCUCGCUGAAGAUCAAACUCAACAGAGCCAGCCAGACGUAUUUCUUCCCCAUUCACCUGACUGACCAGCUCCUGCCCAGUGCUGUAUUUUACGCCACAGUCGGACCACUGGUGUUCUACCUCGCCAUCCAGCAACUCAUCAUUCGGCCCUACAUGCGGGCCCAGAAGGAACAAGACUUGGAGAAGCAGAGGGAGAGCUCAGCCUCCAAUAUAGCCAGGAAGAAGCAGGAGGCAGAGGCUGCUGUUUUGCUCAUGCAGGAGUCUGUGCGCAGGAUUAUUGAAGCCGAGGAGUCUAGAAUGGGUCUCAUCAUCCUCAACGCCUGGUACGGCAAGUUCGUGACAGACAACAGCAGAAAACACGAGAGGGCAAAGGUCAUUGAUGUGACGGUGCCGCUGCAGUGUCUGGUGAAAGACUCAAAACUCAUCCUCACUGAGACCUCAAAGUCAGGACUUCCUGGAUUCUACGACCCUUGCGUGGGGGAGGAGAAGAGCCUGAAGGUGCUGUAUCAGUUCCGUGGAGUCAUGCAUCAAGUCCUGUCAGGAGACACGGAACCACUCAGGAUACCAAAGCAAUCUCACAGGAUUGACGCAGACACAUAGGAUCUCCUCUGCUGACCAAAAGACUCAUCUCUCGACUGUUUGAUGGAGAAGCCUCCGUUUUAGAUACGACAUGGAUCGAAGCCCUCGUUACUCAGAAAAAAAAAAUGCAUUUAUCUUUUUGUCUUUAUAUUCAUUUAAACAUUCAAAGAGAAGUGAAAACAUCACAGGCUGGAUUGAUUGAAACCAGUAUCCAUGGGUGGGGUUUUGACCCACUUAAAAUUAUAAUGUGACCCAAAAGAUAAAUGGCUACCAUCUUUAUUCACAGGGUUUUGAGCCUCCAUGGUAUCCAUUUAUUUUUCGGUAUGGCUUGUAAUUUAUGACGGAGUUCUAUGUACUGUAUUGUACAAAAACUGCAGUGCCUAUGUGUCCCAAGACAUGAAUGCACCUCUGUUUGAUUGCCAUAUUAUUAAAAUCUGUCUCUCUCAUGUUGUUUAAACCUUUUGGUACUUUAAAUAUUGCUUCAUAAGAUAUUGCUUGGCUGAAGAAGGGUAAUUAAAUUUGAGCAUGUUUUAUGGUUA